CAUUGCAACGCCAUCCUGUCAUCUUCAUUACCUACAGAGGCAAAAUGCAGCCCAUAGUUUGCUAUAACAAUAACUUAUUACACCUCCAUAGUUCUCACAGCCAGUUAAACUCCCGGUAGGGGCGGCAACGGCAGCAACGACCCAAGUGUCAAUGCCACCAAGUCGCCAUGUAUCAAGAGCGAUCUCAAUUCCCACCACAACUAUAGCCCCAAUGCCUGAAGGGCUAGACAGCCCGGAGUUGUUAGAUGACCGAGUGACCGCUUUCCGGAACUAUCAAUCUUUGUUCGUGUCACAACGGUCCGAAGCCAAUGAACCCGUCGCCCUCCGAGUGGUGGAAGGCGCGAUACCAUCCGACUUUCCAUCCGAGACCUAUUAUUUGACCGGGCCGAGCCUAUUCACGAAUGACCACGGCUCGACCGUGCAUCCGCUAGACAAGCACGGUUACCUUAGGGCGUUUCAAAUAGAUAAGUUCACGGGCCGAGUCACAUUCAGGUCGCAGUAUAUUCAGAUAGAGGCGCAUGAAGAAGAGCGAGAUUUGGAAAUGGGCCAGUGGCGGUUCAACCACAGGGGGCCCGUUUUCGGUUCUAAAAGGAGAGAAAAUGAUUAGAAAUACCAAGGUGAUGAAAAAUGUGGCCAACACUAGUGUUAUGGAGUGGGGUGGGAGGUUGUUCGCAAAUUAUACCGUGGUAUCGGCCCACCGUGCGCAAGGUGUGCCGAUCCCAAACGACGUCGUUUUAGUGAUUAAAGACAAGGAUAAAUUGAUCGCAGCCGCUAUAGGACCCAUCUCUGGCCAUCGACAGACGACACUACAGGAUGCUCGCCUUGCAUUGCUCUCACGGUAUAGCAACUCGAGAUUGUUUUGUUUGUGGGAAGGUGGCGAUCCUUACGAGAUUGAUUCUUCUAGUCUUCAAACUAUCGGCAAGUUGAAACUGGACAAGGAUAACACUAAUUCCCCUGCCCAUAAAACUCCUAAGCCGCAUAUGGCAAAUUUCUGGGACGUAGCUGCCCAAAUCUUGAAGCCAAUUCUUUAUGAGUUGCACAUCAUACCAAUGGAGUUAAGAGUGGGAGUUGCUAUGAGGUUUGACCGUAUUUUAGGAGAUAAGAGACAUUAGACGUAAUUUUCCAGUAUGAAGAGUACGCAGUUUCAACACAUAGGUGUUACCUAGGUGUGUUGGAUGCAAAAAGGAUUGGGAAAAGUAAGAAAAUGGUGACAUAAGUUAAAGUUCCAGCAAAAUUCAAUUUCCCCAUGGGAUUCCAUGGCAUUUGGUCACCUGGCAACUGACAA